CGGAGCGGUUUGCAGUAAAGCGGAGAGAAAAGUUAAACUUUAGGCCGGAAGUAAAGCUGAACAGAGAGAAAAGCGGAGGAGAGUGAAGUGUAACCGCGCUGUGAGACACACACACACACACACACACACAUACACAUUCUCACUCACUCGCGCGCGUGAAGAAGAGGAGGAUGAAGAUGAUGGCUAUAACGCGGAAUUAGCGCUCUGUCUCAUUAAAGUCGCUCUGUAACAGAGAGAGAGAGAGAGAGAGAGAGAGAGGAUGGGAUUACCGACUCUGGAGUUCAGCGACUCGGUUCUGGACAGUCCAGCUUUCAGAGACAGACUGAAGAACCAUGAAGUGGAGCUGGACAACACCAACAAGUUCAUCAAGGAGCUCAUUAAAGACGGCAACGCGCUCAUAGGAGCACUUAGAAAUUUGUCUGAGUCUGUGCUGAAGUUUGCUCAGUCACUGCAGGAGUUUCAGUUCGAGUGUAUCGGUGAUGCAGAGACAGACGACGAGGUGAACAUCGCUCAGUCUUUUAAAGAAUUCUCCCAGCUGCUGAAGACGGUGGAGGAGGAGAGACGUCGCCUCAUCCAGAACGCUGACGACGUGCUCAUCACACCUUUGGAGAAAUUCCGGACAGAGCAGAUCGGAGCAGCAAAAGAAGGAAAGAAGAAGUUCCUCAAAGAGAGUGAGAAGUACUACUCAUCCCUGGAGAAACAUCUCAACCUGUCUUCGAAGAAGAAGGAGUCAUCACUCCAGGAGGCUGAUACUCAGAUCGAUAAAGAGAGGCUGCUCUUCUGUGAUGCCUCACUUGAGUAUGUCUUUAAAAUCCAGGAGGUUCAGGAGAAGAAGAAGUUUGAGUUUGUGGAGCCGCUCCUGGCCUUCCUACAGGGUUUGUUCACUUUCUACCACGAGGGAUAUGAACUGGCUCAAGAGUUUGAACCUUAUAAACAGCAGCUCCAAUACAACCUGCAGAAUACUCGGAACAACUUCCUGAGCACUAAGCAGGAGGUGGAGAACCUGAUGAACAGAGUGAGGUCUGCAGAUCAGGACCAGAAACCACCGGGACAAUGGACCAUGGAGGGCUACCUGUACAUCCAGGAAAAACGGCCUCUGGGCUGCUCCUGGACUCGACAUUACUGCAGCUAUGAUAAAGCCAAUAAGACCUUCAGCCUGACCAACACCGAGGCCAGGACCACCAAUAAACAGAGUGACGUGGUGAUGAACCCUGCUGAGGUCUUCAAGCUGAAGUCGUGCAUCAGGAGAAAAACCGACUCCAUCGACAAGCGCUUCUGUUUCGACAUUGAGGUGGUGGAGAGAAACGCUGUGUGUCGUGGAACUCUUUUCAGACCUGCUUUCUGUAAAGUUCGACAUGGUAUUAUCACUUUGCAGGCUCUGUCGGAAUCUAACAGGAGAAUGUGGCUGGAAGCAAUGGACGGCAAAGAACCAAUUUACAACCUGCCUGCAAUCCUGAGCAAGAAAGAUGAGACUCAUCUGAACGAAGCCGGCUUUAAUUUUGUGAGGAAGUGCAUUGGCAUUGUGGAGGCAAGAGGCAUUGACACUACAGGACUGUACCGUAUCGGAGGAGUGAACUCUAAAGUGCAGAAGUUGAUGAACUCUGUCUUCUUAAAGGUGUGGAGAAGAUCCUCGGCACCUAAAGCUCCAGCAGACAUGGACUUAGACCCUGAAAUCUGGGAUAAUAAAACCAUCACCAGCGGGCUGAAGAAUUACCUCAGGGGUCUUAUUGAGCCGCUCAUGACCUACAGACUGCAUGAGGAUUUCAUUGCGGCAGUCAAAUCAGAUGAUCAGAAUUACAGAGUGUGUGCUGUUCAUUCAUUGGUCCACAAACUGCCUGAGAAAAAUAAAGAAAUGUUGCAGAUUCUCAUGAAACACCUUCUCACCGUCUCAGCUCACAGUAAGACUAACAUGAUGACGGUGUCGAACCUUGGUGUGAUCUUUGGACCCACGCUGAUGCGCUCUCAGGAGGAGACAGUGGCUGCUAUGAUGAACAUUAAGUUCCAGAACGUGGUGGUGGAGAUUCUGAUCCAGAACUUCGAGAAGAUCUUCCACCAGACUCCAGACCCCAACGUUCCCUUGGCACAGCUCCACUCUCAGCCCGAGUCGCGCAGGAACAGGGCCAUAUGUCUCUCCACAGGAUCUCGCAAACCCAAACACACACACACACACUCGCUGUGUCUCGCUGAUGCUGACAGUGACACGUUCAGCAGCAGUUCCCGCAGCACAGCGAUAGACAGUAUGGAGUCUCUGUCAUCUCACUCGUCCGAGCAGAACCUGUCCAAACCCAGCUCCUGCGGUCCGUAUCAGAGGGGCCGAGACUCCGCCUCCAGGGAGGAUGCUGGCCGGGCGGAUGGAGACUCGGAGGACUCGUACAGCUCACCUGCUCUGAGGAAAACUCACAGGAAUGUCACACAGAGCUGUGGAGCUGCUCUGAGAUCCGACAGGUCCGGCUGUGUACCAGCACCGUCAAUCCGAUCGCUCCAUGGCACUGACGGGAAACAGAGUGAGGGUGUCCUACAGCUCGACCUGCUGCCUAAACUGCCCCAACGUCAGGACGUCUACUCCGUCAGUGGCUACCAGAGACCAGUGUCCGUAGUGGCAGUGAGAGCGCUGAUGUUUGAAAGUCCCUCCAUGUCGACACCAACUGGCCGAGAUGCAAAAGCCAUAUACUCCUGUGAGGCAGAGCAUAGCAAUGAGCUGAGUUUCCCCCAGGGGGCGCACUUCUCUAACGUGUAUCCUUCAGUGGAACCCGGCUGGCUCCAGGCCACCUACCAGGGAAAAACAGGACUGGUUCCAAAGAACUAUGUGGUUUUCCUCUGAGCCCACACACUGAGCCAUCAACCAGCGGGUCCUGAUGGUGGACACACCCAAACACACACACCCCUAAACUGGUCUACUGUUCUUCAGCAUCAUGAUUGUUUUAAUAUAAUAAUUAUACACUAUAAAGUUUCUGAAUCUUUUUAAUCUGUAAUAAAACUCCUUCAAGUUG